UAUUGUUAGAUUUUUGGCAAAAAAAGGCAUAAUCCUACGUGGCUUGCCUUGUUCCUAUUUUAUCUCUCUGAUCUAAGUUCCCUCAUUUAUACACACCUCUCUCUCUCUCUCUGUCUCUGUCUCUGUCUCUGUCUCUCUCCAUUUUUAGGAGUAAAGUUGGAGUCUUUACUUUUCUUGAAUCAAUUUUUGUGUUUGCCCAGUUUUUGGUGCCAUGGCUGCUGAAACUGAAGCUAAGGAUCAAACUCCCGGUGCUAGUCAGGACGUGUCCGGAGUUGUUAGCUCUCAGUCCUCGGCCGCUCAAGCUAAUAGAAACUCCUAUGCACCUAAGGUGAGAAAACCCUAUACCAUCACGAAACAGCGAGAGAGGUGGACCGAGGAGGAGCACCAGAGGUUUGUCGAAGCUCUCAAGCUCUAUGGCCGUGCUUGGCGCCAAAUAGAAGAGCACGUGGGGAGUAAGACGGCCAUCCAAAUCCGGAGCCACGCCCAAAAGUUCUUCGCCAAGGUCACUAGGGAUUCAUCUGUUGAUGCUGAGGGAACCUCGGAUCCUAUUGCAAUCCCUCCUCCUCGGCCAAAAAAGAAGCCUUUGCACCCUUAUCCUCGAAAAACUGUUUAUCGAGCUGGUACAGAAGUGUCGGCCUCACAUGAACGAGAAGUAACGAAUGAUGAUUUUUCCGUUGCUAAAAGAGAGAACUACUCUCCUACUUCAGUUCUCUCAGCAAUAGGCUCUGACAUCUUAGAGUCCUCCUCGGUUGCUGAUGUGCACAAAUCUCGACUCUCCCCUGCUUCGUGUGCUACGGAUGCUUUUUCUGACAAUGAAGAGGAGCGUGGCUUCCGUUUACCAUUGAAACCAUCUAUGAAGUUUGAACUGUUUCCGAAGGAGACAGAUUCUACAUUGGAUUCUCCAUACACCAACGAGCCUCCAACGAGCAUCAAGCUCUUUGGAAAGACCUUCGUGGUAAGAGACACUCCAAAACAGCCUAAUGAGGAGUCGGAGAGCUGUAGUGACAACGUUGCUAAUGCAAUCCUGCCUCGUUCUAACGUGGAUAACAUGUUUGCCCUGCCUUGGUGUGCUUGGUGCACUCAUCCGGUGUACACUUGCCCGUGGGCUCUUGAAAAAACGAACCAAAUUGAGGGUUCUUUGGUUGGUUCGAACAGUGGAUCAACGGGCGGGUUGAAUGGUGAUGGCCGGAAUAUUGACGUUGUCGAGUCCUCAAGCCCUCGAUCCCGAAAAGGUUUUGUUCCGUAUAAGCGGUGUUUGGCAGAAAGGGACGAUCAGUCGUCCACGUCUCUUCGGGAGGUGCAAAGGGCGCGCGUGUGCUCAUAGCAUUGGCGCAUUUUAGGUAUAGCCUCGUCUCGUUUAACUCUUUAACCCGCGUCCAUAACCGAAAGCCUAAAGCCUAACCGUGGAGAUGAAUGUGAUGAUGCUGAGCAGAACAGGACUUGAUCAAACGAUUUCCUUUUCGAGUUACGUUUUCAGAUUCGGUUGUUUUCAUUUUUAUUUUAUGGGUAAAUGAAUAUAAAUUUAAACACCGCGUCGCGAAGGACUCGAACCCGAGAUCUUUGGCCUCGCACUGUUUUCAUUUUUGUAAUAUGGGACUGAUGAUUUUGCUGCUAAGGCAGUUUUUUUUUUGGGUUCUUUAUUUGUAAUGAUUUUAUCAAUAAAAGGGACGGUUACUGAUUUUAUGA